AUGCUGGAGACCGCCGCCGCCGCCGCCGCCGCCUCCGCCUCCUCCCCCCGCGCCGCGGCGGCGGCGGUCGUUUCCUCCCCGCGGCGGGGUGGAGCCGCCGCGCACCACCACCGGCAGUGGAGCCCGCCACCGUUCAGGGCUUGCCUGGUCGUGCUCUGGCUGGUGGGCUUCGGUUUCGUCAUCCUGUGGCAGGGCACCUCCGUGGGCCGCGUGCGGCUCUACACGCGCCCGCCGAUGCCGAAGCGCGCCGCGGCGUCUUUGUCUUUGGGGCAGUGGGUGGCCUCCCCGCCCGUCUACGAUCUGAGGGAGUUCGGGGCAGUCGGGGACGGGCGGACGGUUAACACGGCGGCCUUCGAGUCUGCCAUCUCGGCGAUCGCCGAGAGGGGCGGGGGCAGGCUCACCGUGCCUGCCGGGCGGUGGCUCACCGCGCCGUUCAACCUCACCAGCCACAUGACUCUCUUCCUCGCCGCUGGCGCUGAGAUCCUGGGGAUUCAGGUCAGUUCAGACUUGGUUUCAAAUAAGUUUGGUCAUAAUGGUACCAUAAAUGGACAAGGUCAAAGUUGGUGGGUCAAAUUUCGGAGAAAACUCCUUAAUCACACAAGGGGUCCUCUGGUGCAACUCAUGCGAUCAAGUGACAUUAUCAUUUCUAAUAUCACUCUUCGUGAUUCUCCCUUCUGGACUCUUCACACGUACGACUGCAAGAAUGUUACUAUAUCAGAAACCACCAUCUUGGCUCCAAUUGCUGGAGCUCCAAAUACUGAUGGAAUAGAUCCAGAUUCUUGUGGAAAUGUGGUGAUAAAAAAUUGUUACAUUUCUGUUGGUGAUGAUGGGAUAGCCAUAAAGAGUGGUUGGGAUCAAUAUGGAAUUGCUUAUGGCCGUCCAUCUGCUAACAUUACUAUUCAGAAUGUUGUAAUCCGCUCUAUGGUCAGUGCUGGAGUAUCGAUUGGAAGCGAGAUGUCUGGUGGCGUCUCGAAUGUUUUGGUAGAGAAUGUUCAUGUCUGGGAUUCACGGCGAGGCGUGAGGAUAAAGACUGCGCCUGGAAGAGGGGCCUAUGUAACCAACGUCAUGUACCGGAACAUAACCUUGGAAAAUGUACGUGUCGGUAUAGUGAUAAAGACAGACUACAACGAGCACCCAGAUGAAGGCUUCGACCCAAAGGCUGUCCCCACCAUCGGGAAUAUUUCUUACACCUCAAUCCAUGGGCAUCGUGUGCGAGUACCGGUCAGGAUACAGGGAAGCGCAGAGAUCCCUGUGAAGAAUGUUACCUUCCAUGACAUGUCAAUCGGUAUAGUAGACAAGAAGCACCAUGUUUUCCAGUGCUCCUUCGUCCAGGGGCAGGUCAUUGGCUAUGUUUUCCCCGUGCCUUGCAAGAACCUGGACCUGUACGACGAGCGGCGUGAGCUGGUUAAACAAUCAACGUUACAGAAUAUCUCUGAUAUCGACUACAGUUUUUGA